AAAUGGAUCAAGUGAGAAUCCAAAACAACCUCUCAAUACAAAUUAAAGUUUUGAGAGAUCUAUCUACUCUCAAGUUUAAGUCCAUCUUUGUAUAAAAUUUUUAUAAACUAGAACAUUUGAUGUUCCAUAAAUAUUUUUUUUGCGUGUUCUUGCUAUGAAAAAUAAUGUAAUAAUUACAAAUAAUAUUAGUAGGAUUUCUCCCAAGUAAACUAUAUUAUUCACCUAAUAAACGUUGUUCAUCGCUAAUUUACCUAAAACUGCAAAACUCUUUGCGUUUCCUCAUUUUGUUUUCUUUUCUCGCACAACUAAAAAAAAAGAACAUUGGAAGCUUCUUCUUCCUAUUCUUCUUCUGCCAAACAGGAAUCGGUCCUUCUUUGCGCACAAGCAAAAAUCCAAGAGACAUCGAGAUAUGAGAGAGAUCUCGAUCUCGACGAUUACUCUUUCAUGGUCGCAUCUUCUACUCUGCGCUUCGAUUUGUCUCCACUUCUUCUUAGGUAUAUCUGGUGAUCCCAAUAGUUCAAGUACUGGAGCAAAGGCUGAAUCUCAUACUUCUUCCAGCAAAACAGGCACGAAAGUGAUCUUUAUACUGCUCGGGUUUGGUGCUGUAGCGGGACUUUCGUUCUUCUUGUACAAACUGUGGCAAAAGAAGAAAAGAGAUGAGCAGUAUGCUCGGCUAUUGAAACUGUUUGAGGAAGAUGAUGAACUCGAGGUUGAAUUAGGCCUACGUGAUUAAGAAGAAAGCAAUGUCUGAGGUGUAUGAGAUGAUCAUACAGGCAUUGGAAAUAUUGAAGUAUAUAUAUACUUAAGCUGAUGUAAUUGUGAUUGAUCAUUUCGAAUUCUCUGGGUGAUCUCGCCGUUUGAGGCUCUGGAGAAAGUGUUUCUUCAUUAGCGUUAGGUCAAUUAUUGUAAAACAUUUAAAUUUCUCAACUUCUUCCAUGUUCUUUGAUUUGUUGCUUGUACAAUUUAGAUAUUUGUCUCAGAUCAACCAAGAAUCAUACAUAUUUCCAAUCACAUUACCUUUUUACUCGUC